AUGUCUAAGACCGCCCAGAAAAGAUUGUUCAAAGAGUACCAGCAAUUGAUUCGCGAUUCGCCACCAGGAAUAGUAGCCGGUCCAGCUAACGAGAACGACCUGUUUCUAUGGGACUGUUUGAUCCAAGGUCCCCCAGAUACCCCAUACGAACACGGUGUGUUCAACGCACAACUCCGGUUCCCAAGAGACUACCCCUUGUCUCCACCCACUCUGACCUUCACUCCCGCCAUAUUGCAUCCAAACAUCUACCCCAACGGCGAAGUAUGCAUUUCGAUCUUGCAUUCCCCUGGCGACGACCCCAACAUGUACGAGUUGGCGGAAGAGAGAUGGUCACCUGUUCAGAGUGUGGAAAAGAUAUUGCUGAGCGUGAUGAGCAUGCUGAGCGAGCCCAAUGUGGAAAGUGGCGCCAAUAUCGACGCUUGCAUUUUGUGGAGAGAUAACCGCCCAGAGUUCGAACGCCAAGUGAAACGCUCUAUUGUCGCAUCUUUGGGACUAUAA